GCCAUGCACAUUGCCGUUGGGAUGGAUGACGAAGACGGAGUGGUAGCGAGUUUUGGGUGUAUCUACUCGCAUCAUGGUGCCGUAUUGUGCGGCCGUCCCAAACCGUUGUGAGGGCCGGAAGAGCCGCAAUGCCGUGACGUGAGUUGGCCAACCCUCCGAGUUCAAACUUCAGAAUUCACACUUGCGACGGUCGACACAACAUCUCCGGCCCCGGCAAACCACACUCGCUCUAUGCACACCAAGCUGCUCUAUGGACUCCCUAGAUAACCUAACCCCGGAACAGCGGGACACGCUGCAAACGUUCCAGGCUGUCAUCCACAAUGAGGAUAUCGACACCGCCAUCGCCACUCUCGUAGCACAGGACUGGAAUUUGGAGAGAGCGGUCGCGAGCGCAUUCGGCGAUGAGUUGCCAACGCAGAGGGAGGUUCCGGAAGCUGAGGUUGCUCCGCCAGAAGACUUACAAACACAGCAAGGGCAUCCGGAUUUGGGGGUCCGGUCUCCGCGUCCAAAGAUGCUUUCUGUCUGGGGAUUGCUAGCGCUGCCGAUCACACUACCUCUGAACAUAGUAUGGGUGCUACUCUCCUACGCAGCCAGUUUCCUACCAGCCGCCCUGCGACCAAGCCUCCUAACCCCAGCAGGCCCGCAAAGAACAGGCACACAGAGCUCAGAUCCUCGCGCAGAUGCCCACCGCUUCCUCCUGGAUUUCGAGGAUACGUAUGGCAGGCAGCAUCCUGAGUUUUUCCAGGGGACGUAUACGCAGGCGUUGCAGAAGACGAAGACGGAGGUGCGGUAUCUGGUCGUGUAUCUGCAUUCCGCGGAGCAUGAUGAUACCGAGGAGUUUUGCAGACAAACAUUGUGCUCAGAGGACUUGAUUUCUGCGUUGCAACGGAGGAAUGUGAUCUUUUGGGCCGGGGACGUCGGGACGGUCGAGGGUUACCAAGUCAGCCACAUUCUCGCCGCAACUACCUACCCUUUCAUUGCGGUCAUCACACCAAACCAGACAAGGUUGGCUGUGGCUACGCGUUUAGAGGGUCCGACAAGCCCCUCUACUAUCAUUGACGCCUUGACGGCUGUCAUCGAAAUAACGGAGCCACAUGUCGCGACUCUCCGCGCUGAGCGGGAAUCGAGAGAACAAUCUCGAUCGAUUCGCGAGCAGCAAGACGAGGCGUACCAGGCUUCUUUGCGGGCUGAUAGAGAAAAGCGCCGGAAAGCCGAAGAGGAAGCAGAGCGCACCCGCCUAGAAGAGGAAGCCGCGCGGAAAGAAGAAGAGGAGCGGGAGGCCUUUCUCGAGCGACGGAAACGGCGGCGAGAAGAACUCCUCGCCAACCUGCCUACCGAGCCAGCAGCCGACGCGCCCAACAUCACAAAGCUGUCCAUCCGCCUCCCCAGCGGCGACCGCGUCAUUCGCCGGUUUGAUGCUGACGAUCUGGUUUCAAAGCUGUAUGAGUUUGUCGAGACGCGGGAUCUGGAGCCGCUUGAGGGCGAAUUCUUGGUUGUGGGGACGUUUCCGAGGGAGGUGUAUGACGAUCUGGAGAAGAGUUUGAAGGAGGUUGGGUUGGUGCCCAGCGCGUCUUUGGUCGUGGAAGAGGCGUAAAUAGCGUCUCACCCGUCUCUUGUUUAUUCCUUUGAAGAAUGAGUGCGUACAUACCCCGCUAAUGAACCCGACGGGCCGAAGUCGAUGUAGACAGAGUAUAACAGAAAUACGUGCCGCUUGCGAGGAGCAUGCUAUCAAAUCCAUUGGGUGA